AUGAAGUUCACCACCCUCACUACCCUCCUCCUCACGGCCACUCUCCCCGUCAACGCCGCCGUCCUCGAGUCCGACACCUCCGUUCUCCGUCGGGACAUCUUCGCCCGCCAAAACGCCAACCGCCCUGUUCCCAAUGGCGCCUGCUGCGUGGCCAAUACCAGCUUGAAGCAGGAUAUUUGCAGAGUCAAUGGUAGACAGGGGAAGUGCGUGCCUGCUAAUACUGCUAAUUGUGAGUACCCCUGGCGGCGCGAGAUUGACAUGUAUCGAGGACUCGAGGUUGACUUGCAACCCUAA